CUUGAGCCGGUAACCGACUGCCAGUGCCAAAGACUCACCGGAGACUAAGAUGCGGCUGUAGUGCGAAUAUAGACCAAAGCAGUACCGGCUUUUCUAUUUGCCUUACAUUCUUACUUGCUUAAUAUUAAAGUUAUAGAUAGUAACGUGACAAUGAAAUGACGACAAGAUAGGAAACGCGGCCUUAUUUCACCAGAAGGCUGCUUUUUUAACUUCUAUUGUCACCUGUCGGUGACGUGCUGUAGCCAUGAGGGGGCCCUAUUUCCACCGCUGUUUGGCUGCAAAUGUUUACUCAGAGGUACCUGAUGGCGGCUGGGGCUGGGCUGUGGCCCUUGCCUUCUUCCUGGUGGAGGUCUGCACCUAUGGGGCCCUGAAGAGCCUGGGUGUCUUCCUCCAGGAUCUGAUGAAGGAGUUUGGAGAGAGCAACAGCCGGGUGUCAUGGGUCAUCUCCAUCUGUGUCUUUAUCUUCACCUUCAGUGCCCCCCUCGCCACGAUGAUGAGCAACCGCUUCGGCCACCGCUCAGUGGUGAUGGUGGGAGGCCUUCUCAUCAGCCUGGGCACCAUCAGCUCCGCCUUCACCAGGUCCAUCAACCAGAUGUAUAUCACCAUUGGAGUUAUCUCAGGCCUCGGCUACUGCUUCACCUUCCUCCCAACUGUCACCAUCCUCGCCCAGUACUUCUCCACACGGCGAGCCCUCGUCACGUCUGUAGCUUCCUCUGGAGAAUCUUUCGCUAUAUUCGCCUUUGCUCCAGCUCUGACUACACUGAAGGAACACAUUGGCUGGCGCUACUGUCUGGUUGUGCUGGGAACCUUUCAGGCUUGUGUGAUUGGCUGUGGGCUUCUCCUUCGUCCAAUCAUUAUUGAGCCAGAGCCUGUAGAGGAGCACCAUGAGUCGGACAAAGAGCAGCAGGCUGUUUAUGAGCUGGAGAACGAACAGACCAGGACCUCCAUCAGUUCAGGGGGGUCCCAGGGUUCAGAGGACUCAGGGGUCAUCUCCCUCUCUGCCUCCAGCUCAGAUCUGAGGAAUGCAGGAGCUGAGAGUCAGGCUCUGAUGGAGUUGGAGGUCAAUGAGUUCAAAGAUUCUUCAAUGUCCACACCAACCAUCCAAGUUAAAGAGAAGGAUGAGGGGGUGCUGGCAGAGCUGGAGACAGGUCCUCUACUGCGUCCCAGCCACAAACUGCUGGACUUCUCUGUGCUCAGAGACACUGCAUUCAUCUGGUACUCCCUCUUUGGCAUGUUCGCCACGCUGGGCUUCUUCGCCCCGCAGCUCUACGUCAUCGAACUGAGCAAGAGCCGGGGGGUGGAGCCCGGCAUGGCGUCCUACAUGCUCUCUGUGAUGGCUGUGGCCGAGAUCAUCGGCCGCCUGUCCAUCGGGGUGCUGCUGAGCAGAGUGCGCUGCAGGAAGACCCUGGUGCUGCUGGGCUGCGUGCUGCUGCUGAGCCUGGUGCUGGUGGCCUUCGCUGUGGUGUGGGAGUUCUGGGGUCUGGUGGUGUGCUGCGCCCUCUAUGGCUACUUCAUGGGCACUGUCGGCUCCACACACAUCCCCAUGCUGGCUGAGGAGGAAGUGGUUGGUAUCGAGAAGAUGGCGUCCUCUGUGGGGGUGUAUGUCUUCAUCCAGAGCUUCGCUGGGCUGGCAGGGCCGCCACUAGGAGGAGUUCUGGUGGACGUCACUCAGAACUACGGUGCUGCCUUCUUCUCCUGUGCAGUGGGCAUGGCUCUCAGUGCCGUCUGCCUGGCCAUGGUCGGCCCUGCCAAGUCCAUGUACCAAAGACAGAGUACCAACGUAGAGGAAGACAAGGGCAAUGAGGAAGAGGACAAAAUGUCACAGGACAGUGGCCAGCCGGACUUCUUGGACGUGGACUUGGCCCCUCAGGACAGUCCACUCAGACAGGCUGUGGAUCAGAACAACAUGUCUCUAAUGUGAACAGCAUGACCUCACCAUUGAGAGGCUGCAGAGUUAAAAGACAUGAAAACAUUCUGAAAAGCUUGAAGUUCCCUCUUCUCUGACACCAAAGGCAUAUCAUUCCCCCCCCCCCCCCCCCCCCACCUGUACACAACUGUCUGUCCCUGCUGCUGAAUCAGAGCCUUCACAAUCUUCUGCUUACAUUAGUUUAAAAACCUCUAUCUCAGGAAAGUGUCACAGGACGGAUGCUGUAGCAUUAUGAGCAAAAAUUAGACAAAUCAUGACACCCCCCCCCCUAACAGCACACACCAGGCUUUAAGAUGUGAUUCCACUCCAAAAGCAGCAGUAGAUGAUCCACCUGUACACAUGGAGAGCAGCUGCACUGUGUCCUCUCUGUGAGUCUUAUGCACAUUCACGUACUGGAUAUUUAAUGACUACCACCAUGGAUGGUAACUAAUCCAUUGUGCCGCAGAGAUCCUUCAGGGUGUAUGAGAAGCUUCAGCUCAGUCUCUGUACAGAGGCCUGUCUUCUGUCUUCUAAAACCUAAGCAACACUACAUCCUUAAGUCUGUACUGCUCUUUACAAGUAACAGCAAACCACAGAGAGCAAUCCUGACCCAACAGGGGUCCAAACCGGGUCCAGGGCCUGUUCCGGGCUAGAGCCUGAUUAAGCUCUGGUUCUUCCUGUUUCCACGACAGCGGGGCCGGCUCUAAGCACCGAAAACUGGUUCUUAGCUAACCCCACUCGGCUGCCCGGCAAGAACCAAGAACCAUUACGUCACGCUUACGCCCAGUGAUGGGCAAGUUACUUCCAACAUGUAAUACAGUACAUAUUACUUAUUACUGUCUUUUUAAAGUAAUAAGUUACAUUUAUUAUUACUGUCUCUGAACUGUAAUGCGUUACACUACUUUUGCGUUACUUUGAGUUACUUUCACCAAAAUAACCACUAAAGUUUGGCUUUAAAUGCUCAAAUGUAGUUUAUUGCAGCUCAAUAAUUAAAGCUAUCUAUCUGGCAGUACAUGCUGAACAUUAGGAAAAGAGCUAGAAAUUAAACUCCUGCUCCGUUUAAGUGGGCUGUAUAAUAUGUGAUACCGGUAACAUGACGUCUCUGUGUGUUAUUAAUAACAUGUUAGUGGAGCCUCUGCACGGCCCUGUGACCUGCUGUAUAUGAACGAGUCUCUAUUCAGCGUUAGCUCACCUGGUCAUUGGUGUGUUAGCGGGGAUUUGACUGACAAGCUUUCUAAAAGCCGGUGAUUCCACAGAGGACAGAGGCUGCAGAUCUUCAACACUCUGCCACGUGUCUCUGAACUUCUCUGGGUUCAAGAGGCAGACCCAGAGAAAGUUACCUUCUGUUGCUUUGGCCUGCAAACACUCCUGUCUUUCUCUGUUCUCUUCUCCGAGCCUGCAGCUCUGCACUGUGAUCCUGCAGCUCUGCAUUGUGAUCCUGCAGCUCUGCAUUGUGAGCCUGCAGCUCUGCAUUGUGAGCCUGCAGCUCUGCAUUGUGAAUCUCUUUCUGCAGCCCUCUUAACCAAUAGCAAACAGGCUUACUGAGCUACUAUUCUACCUGCGCAAUUGUUCCUCUGGUGUCGGAAUGUCUUGCGAUGUUUGUGAUUUCUUAAAAACAAAACACCACAUCAUUUCGGGUUAAAAUGUGUUGUAACGUUACUGAGAUUUGUAACGGGUAUUAUAUUACCCACAUUUCAGAAGUAAUGCGUUAUAUUACUGCGUUACAGUAAAAAGUAAUACAUUACUGGAACUUUUACUUUUGUAACGCGUUACACCCAACUCUGUUUGCCAGGGCGAGAUUAACCUGGGCAAUAACAGUUCAUGGCGAGUACGGCAAAUACCAUUUUUAACGAGCAGAAGCGCUGAGCAAAGUGACUAGAAUGCGACCACACAAAUUAUGAGGCAACCAGGCUUAGUUUGAUGCUGUUUAUGGCAUACGUUGUCAUGUCUUUCUGAUUAUAGCAGCCAUUGGAUGGAAUCAAAACAUUGGCUACACAGGUUGCCAUGUCAAAAGUAAAAACAUAAUGAACAAUACGGCGGUAGAAUAUGCCAGUAGAAAUCGGUUUAUACCACCAUAGCAAGCCAAGACAGUCAGAUUAGCAUCGGUGCCUCUGCUAACGUCGCCCAUCUAAUACCAGACAAACUUUCAACAGCGUUGUGAUGCCAAACAGCGUCAAUGCACACGGGGGGAGGGGGUAUGCAUCAGCUGCUUGUGUGCUAACGGCAGACUAAACGCCGGUGGACGAGGAGCUUUGCAGUUCACAUUCGUAAACAAUGAACCACGACUCUCUGGAGAAAAAGGAUAACGUUUAAAUACUGCAAAACUAAUACUUACAGGGAAAUGACACAAUGUUACAAUGUGACAUACUUCAUAUUGUCCAUGCAGUUCAUACAGGUAAUAAUCCUCUCAGCUGGGGCUCCUGAAGCCAGGGUCUGCAUGUUUUACUUAAACCAGUCCAUGUUAGGUAUAUGUUUCUAACAGUGUGUGGCUCGCAGAGGUGUUUCAUCUCCAGUGGUUCUUCAAAAUGCAGACCUUAGAGCAGGGGUGCCCAACCAGUCGACCGUGGGCUGAGUUCAAGUCGAUCUCGAGAAAAUGUUGUGUAGGUUAUCCUCCUACUGUUGUGUUAAAUAGGCCUACAUUAAAACUUCCAACUUAAAACAUCUUAAAUAGGCACAAUGAACUGCUGAUCACGUGAAGGAGUGUGUAGAUUUGUACAGCUAUAGUAAGGUAGAUCAGGCAUAAUCAAAGAAAAAAUCUCGCGCGCUUCUUUCUAUCUGCGCGUGCAGGGUAUGGUUGCUAGGUUCUAACUAAGGACUCGGAAGGGCGCGAGAAGCUUGACUAGAGCGAGUGAAACUAAAACAUCUAAAACUUAUCAUUUUCAUUCAGAGUGGGAGGAUGAUUAUUUUUUCGUGUAUUCGAAUGCCAAGUCCAUCUUAUCUGCAAUGCAAAUGUGGCUUUACCAAAGAAAGGGAAUUUGGAGCGGCAUUUGAAGACGGUCCACAAGAGCUACGAUACAAACUUCCCAGAUAAAUCACGACUGCGCGCCCGAAAGUCAAGGAAUUGAAAAGUCAGCUAGCAGCACAACAGUCCAUUUUUACCAGGCCCAAUACCACGAGUAAGGCUGCAACCAUAGCUUCUUAUCGUGUCUGUCGUGUUCUUGCAAAAGGAGAGAAAUCUUUCAUGGAUGUUGAGACUGUGAAAGAAGUGUUCAUGGAAGCCGCAGAUACGCUUUUUGCCGAUUUUAAAAAUCGAAAGGAGAUUGUGUCUGCUAUUCAGGAUGUGCAGAUAUCAAGAAAUGUUGUUACACGGCGAUGCGAGGGAAUGGCGGAGGAUGUUGAACAGCAAUUGAGGAAUGAUAUUGACACAUGUGAGUGUUUUUCUCUGCAAUUUGAUGAAUCCACUGAUGCUGUGGAUGUGGCUCAGCUUUGUGUGUUCAUUAGAACAAUAUGAGUGUAAAAGAAGAGCUGCUGACCAUUUUGCCUUUGAAAGGGCACACAAGAGGCACAGAUAUUUUUCAGGUUUUUAUGGAAUUUGUUAGUAAGAGCAAGUUGCCCCUCUUCAAACUCAUCUCCAUUACAACCGAUGGGGCUCCAGCAAUGAUUGGACGUACUGCUGGGUUCAUUGGAUUGUGCAAACAGUCUGAAUCGUUCCCAGUUUUCCUGAAUUACCAUUGCAUAAUUCACUAGCAAGGGUUGUGCGGGAAGAUUGUAAAUAUGAAAGACGUGAUGGAUGUGGCGAACAAGAUUGCCUGUUCUGUUCGGGCCAGGAGUCUGCAGAUGCGAUUAUUCCGUGCGCAACUGGAGGAGACCGGUGCAGAACACACAGAUCUGCUGCUGCACACAGACGUAAGGUGGCUCAGCAGAGGUACAUUUCUGGAACGGUUUUCUGAAUUGUUGCCCGAAAUUAAAGACUUUCUAAAACGUUCAAACCAUGCUGAAUAUGCACAGCUAGAAGACAGUCAGUGGCUCUUGGAUUUAGCCUUUCUUACUGAUCUGACUGACAAGCUCAAUAACUUGAAUCUAGAGCUGCAGGGUAAGAACAAACACAUCAUCAACAUGAUCAGCUCCGUGAACACCUUUAAAAGCAAGUUGCUGCUAUCAAGCAGGUUGCAACAGUGUGAUCUGCGGAACUUUCCACACAUGGACACAGAACUUAAGCGUCAGGGCAAAGACUGUGCGGAGCUUGAGAGUGCACGUUAUGAUGAUCAAGUGCUAAGCAUCUUGUCAGAAUUUGACAGGCGCUUUACUGACUUUGCAUCCAUUGAGCCUGUUGUCAGUUUUCUCAGUUUUCCAUUUGGGCAAAAUAUAGCUGUGGAUUGAAUAACGUCCAAAGUGGCAUCACUCUUCAACCUGGAUAGCGGUGCUAUUGAGAAUGAGAUCCUCACACUAAAUAAUGACAUUGAGCUCAAAUCAAGAGCUACACCUGACACAAAUGUCCAAUUCUGGAAUCUAAUGCAGAAAGAGAAGAACCCCAACCUCAGACAAACUGCAAAGAAUUUGACUGCACUUUUUGGAUCAACAUAUUUGUGUGAGUCUGCCUUUUCACAUAAUAAAUCAUUAAGUCAAAAUACAGAUCCACCAUGACUGAUGACCACCUUGCGGCCUGCUUACGGCUGGCACUCUGCUCCUACUGUCCGGACUAUGAGAGACUAGCUUCCUCCUCUCAGUGCCAGAAGUCCCACUAAGGUAGAGAACCACUUUUCCAACUUAAAUUAGGCAUUGUAUUUAAUGGGUUGUAUGUUGUUGUGUUUUUACGGGCCAGUCCUAGGCCUACUUGUGCUUAUUCUUUGCACGACGUACAUUUACUUCAAUAAAUGUAUUAUUAUUGUUAAAACUUGAUCUUUGUGUCAGAACAUUGUGUUAUUAUAUAGGUGCACAAUUAAUUGUGGCUACGCUACGGCUUUCGAUAUGGCUUGGUAGAUCUCGACACACUAUCAACUUUCAAAGUAGAUCUUGGUUCAAAAAAGGUUGGGCACCCCUGCCUUAGAGUUUGUGCUACAGACAAUCCUCCCGUCCGUCCCCAGAUAUGAUCGAUAGAUUAACUCCAGAACUCUGUCAAGUCUGAUAAGAUAACAAGAAGUCCAGUGUUUGAGGAGCCGGGCCCCUCGCUGGGUGAUGUCUCCCUCCCUAGGGGCUCCUGACACUGUGGGGCAAGACCCCACACAGAGGCCUCUGAGCUGAGUGCAAUAAAAACUCCAUUUAAAACUGUUUACAAUCAGCUACUAACCUUCAAAUGUAGAACGACGACAAACACUGACAGCCAUCAAGGACGGUUUAUGGAAUGCAUUGUUAUUUCCAGUGUCUCCGUACCAAAGCCACAUUACUUCCUGCCUGAGUGAGCAGUCUGUGCAGAGGACUUUCCUUGAUAUGUUUUACUUUAAUUUAAACACCUUAUAAUGAUAUUAUGAUGAUCAUUUUCUAUAGAAGUGUUUGUAUUGAAUUGAAUGCAACUCCUGCCUGUUCAGUGCUGUGCUGAUUCCAUUAUGUAUUUUUUAAUAAAAUACUGCUUCAGUGGGGGAUUUUGA